UGUCAAGGUUACGUUGCAUGCCGAGAAUUGAGCUCAAUUGAAUUUUUUUAUUGUUGAGUUUUCAAAAAAGGGUUGGUUCCUCUGAUGGGAAAUUGCUUUGGAACUCGUUCCCAGGUUGAUAACACUUGGAGCUCCCAACCCAGUUUUGAUGUUACAAAAGUUCAUCCUAAAAGCACCCAUUUGUUAGCUCAUUCAAGUGCAGCAGUGCAUAGAUACAGUGAUGAAGGUAAACCUGAGAUUCUCCCAACUCCAAGACCUGAAGGGGACAUAUUUUCGUCCCCACAUUUAAAAGCCUUCACAUUCAAUGAUCUUAAGAAUGCCACCAGAAAAUUUUGUCCUGAUAAUCUACUUGGACAAGGGGGAUUUGGUCAUGUCUAUAAAGGGUGGAUUUCUGGAAUGGUUGUAGCUGUGAAGAAGCUUAAGCCUGAAGGUUUUCAAGGUCAUAAGGAGUGGCUGUCUGAACUCAAUUAUCUUGGCCAACUUCAUCAUCCAAAUCUUGUUAAACUUAUUGGAUACUGUCUUGAUGGGGAUAACCGGCUUCUAGUGUACGAGUACUUGCCCAACGGAAGCUUGGAAAAUCAUCUAUUUCGCAAGGGUGCAAAACCACUUCCUUGGGCAGCAAGAAUCAAAGUUGCUAUUGGUGCUGCUAGAGGUCUCACCUUCCUACAUGACUCUAAACAACAUGUUAUCUACCGUGAUUUCAAGACUUCUAAUAUUUUAUUAGAUUCGGAUUUUAAUGCAAAACUAUCAGACUUUGGAUUGGCCAAAGCAGGGCCUACUGGUGAUCAUUCUCAUGUUUCCACGCAAGUCCUGGGAACUCACGGCUAUGCUGCUCCUGAAUAUAUCGCUACAGGUCGGCUGACUGCAAAGUGUGAUGUCUAUAGCUUUGGGGUUGUGCUAUUGGAACUACUAUCAGGGCGCCAUGCUUUUGAUAAAACAAAAUCUGGAGUGGAACAUAAUCUGGUAGAUUGGGCAAAACCCUAUUUGGGUGAUAGGAGGAAGUUGUUCAGGAUUAUGGACACCAAGUUAGAAGGGCAAUACCCACAGAGAGCAGCUUAUACAACUGCAAUCCUAGCAUUACAAUGUAUUAGUGAGGCCAAGAUUAGACCACAGAUGUCUGAGGUUUUGGCUACCUUAGAACAGCUGCCAGUCAUCAGACAUUCAGCUAGUCCAUCUAGACCAGAGGAAAAGUCAUCUCAAGUCCUAUGAGAUAAGAGGGUCUGAAGUCCCAUGCUAGGAUUCCCUUUUGAGACAUAAUUAUCAUUCAGCAAAGGUUGAACUCUGUCUCCAGUCACAUUAGUGUCAGCUCUGAGAGUUUCCUCCUCCUGCAUCCUCAACAAAAUCCCCAGUUAUGAAAUCCCAAAGAGAACAACAUGAAAUGUAUUUUAUCUUCAAGUGGAUACCUCUU